AUGUCCUCGGGUGGUGCACGAAAGAAGAAAUGUCUUGUAAAACAUGGUCGCAACAUGGUGUUGGGGAGUGUUCUACAAGAAGCAAUGAGAGGAAACGUGGGUCUGCGAGGGGAGCGUGUAGGACGGCAGAGAGAAGAGCCAGGGGCCCUGGUGACGGCGGAGGAGGCAACAGGUGUUUGUGAGCGUAGAGGCCGAGUUAAUAGCCUGCUGAGAGCUGGUCGCCAACACAGUUCAGCUGGUAAAAUGUUCCUGAAAUUUGCAGCUCUAUUUCACAAGUAUUCUCUGGUACCGAGCAAAGUGAAUACAACCAUAAAAAAAAUUAAAAUUGUAUUAUAUUAUUAUAACACGAUUGAAUUUCAUAUCAUUGGGAAAAUUAUACAUGUAUUCCUUUGGUUAUAUCCAUUGAAAAUAAAAUAUUUAAAAAAAUCAUUAAAAUCAUUAAAAAAAUCAUGGUUCAUAAAAAAAUUUAAUUGCAUGCAAAUUUCUAAAUUAUUAUUUAAAGAUAAUUAUUUUUGUUUGCAAAUAACAUGUCUAUGUUUUACAGAGGGAAACAAAUUGUUAUUACAACCAUUAAUGAAUUUUCAAAUGUUUAUAAUACAUAGAUAA